UUGCUUAUCGUGCGCAUGCCCACGGGUUGUUCCCCAGGGACAGAGCGCCAUCAGUGAGCAUGUGCACGAACGGAAAGGGGAAAAUGUGUCAGCAGAACCCCAAACAAAAUCACACAGCCAGAAGUGUGCCAACAUCGCGACAACCACCUGUGCGCUGCGAGUAAUAUCGUCUUUCGCCACUGCACCGCGAUUAGUUCUUAUCAGUGCCCGAUAUCGAUCGCUGUACGCGAGGUGAAUCGAUAGAAAUCGGUCAGGACACAGGUCUACGGCCGGCCCGAUGUCAGUACAAUAGUGGGGCCUGUGUUAGCGAGCCGCGUGGGACCAACGAAAAAAGCAUGACGACCGGGUACAAGCACCUCUACUCUUGCUUAACGUUUCUCAUUUUCGUGUUUGUGUUCAAUUUCUACAAAAACCGUAUCCAUUUGAGCCGCGAACGGGAAACGUCGUUCCGGGCGGCCUCGAAGAUGAAGCGGACCGGAGUGCUAAACAAACCGCUUCCACUCGAUGUGGAUGGAGAGGAUUUCUUUUUCGGACUUCAAGACGAUCCUGCUAUCGGUGGCCUCCGGCCAACGGUGGCUAACGGCUGGGGGCAGCACACGCUUCAUCCGACACGCUGCCUUAUGGCAGAGAUAUUUUUCACAACACCCACGGCUGAAAGGUCAAGGUUGAGCUCGGGCGUGGAUCCGGAAGGAUUGCACUACAAGACGUCAAACGAGCGGAACCGUAGAAAGGAUCCACCUCACGAUCAUUCCUCAGUUCCGAACUCGUCGGUGUACGUGUUUCUGUCCGUGUUGGCUAUCCUCCUGGUGGCCGCUUGCGUCGAUAUUGCAAAACACCUGACAUCGUCGGUUCGUUCCCCGGGCGACUCCAAGCGGCGCCUUUCGCUGCAGAACUACCAGUCGUUGAUAAGGGAGAAGCAGAAACAGUUCCGAAUGAUGAAGCAACACUGCUCGCAACCAUCGAUGAGCAUUCAGCGUUCGAUCGACGAACCGUUGCCACCGUCCGCGCUUUCGUACGGAUUGGGCCGGAAGGAUGACUCCAGGACGGGUUCAGCGAUGGCGCCACCGCUUCUCCGGCGCCAAUCGGUACCAACGGUAAUGCGCACGCAACCCACCGCCGCUAUGAGUUGGAACGGAUCUUCGCCACUCGCUACCGGUGCAUCGUUUGGGCGCCGAACAUCGGUAGACUCGUUCUGGGAUGUGGACAGUUCGGGCCCACCGUCCCUGGGAUCAUCGCCGGAAGUGAGACGACGCGUCCGGAUGCUACACCGUCAUUAG